AUGUCCUCCAUUCUGCGCUUCCCACAACGCAUCUCAUCCCCCCAAAAUCCUCCCGACAUUAGAGUCGACCACCUCAUUGUAGGCGGAGGUGUCGUUGGCCUGGCUGUAGCGCGGGCGCUGACGAGACGAUGGCCGGACAAGACCACCUUCUUGGUGGAACGCCAUGAGCGUGUAGGAGAAGAGACGUCAUCACGUAAUUCCGAAGUGAUACAUGCGGGCCUCUAUUACCCUCGAGAAUCGCUUAAAACGAAUCUCUGCCUGCGAGGACGAGAUCUGCUCUAUGAUUAUUGUCGAGCGAACAAGGUACCGGUCAAGCAGCUUGGGAAGCUCGUUGUUGGGCCGCCGACUUCAAAGGAGUAUCUGCAGGGCGUCCUUGCACAUAUGCGAUCCCUCGACCAGGAGAAGGAUCAGAAUUGGGGCUCGAGAGUCGUUGACGGAAAGAGAAGCGCUCCUCCCCUAGUCCUGCUUAGCGGGAAAGAAGCUAGAGGCAUCGAACCGGACUUGGGAGAAGGGGUUGGGUGGGCAUUGCAUAGUCCAAAGACGGGCAUCGUCAAUUCACACGAGCUCAUGGCCAAGUUAGAGCAAGACAUCCUUAACUCAGAAGGGGCCGAGAUCGUGUAUGACACCGCUGUCGUAGGCCUAGCACCCAGUUCUGCGAGCCUAAGAAGUACCACAGGAAAGAGAGGAGGCGACGGAUCAGAACAAGGCUGGAUCGUACAGACGAAAACCGAAGGACAGAUCGACACUCUCUUGGCGAAAGUCGUCAUCAAUGCUGCUGGACUCAACGGCCCCGCAGCCCUAAAUUCCUUGCUAAGAGACGGAUAUCUGAAAGGGGGCAGAGAGGAUCGCAUUGGUGCAUGGAUUAGCAAAGGAAACUACGCCAGCUACUCCAAAUCCAAAGGUGGAGUCGACAGAGUCAGUCGGCUCAUCUAUCCAAUUCCCGAUAUGGGUAAAUCGCAGAAAGCGCUCGGGCAGCAUCAGGGGUUGGGCACACACCUCACCCUUGACAUGGACGGAAACAUUCGCUUUGGACCCGACACCGACUGGCUCUACCCUCCUAACACGUCCUCGGAUCAGAUGCAGGACUGGUGGUCUUCCAGCUUGGUCGCCCUGCAGCCGUCGCCUUAUUCACAAUCGAGAUUGAGCGAGGAAGAACGUCUGGAUGCGAUGCAUGCCAGUGUCUCUUCCUUUCUCCCGGGAGUCUCGCGGCAUGGGCUAUCUCCCGACUAUGCGGGCCUCAGACCAAAGCUUUGUGCACCCGGUGAUGGAUUCCGAGACUUCGGGAUAUUAUGGCAUCGCAGCGAGAAUCUGGGUAUGCAGACAAUCUGGCAGGAAGCUCUUACCCGAGAGGUAGGGAAAGGCGACCCGUUUUGGCAAGGACCGGAGAUAGCGCAAAAGGAGCGAGGUGGAGCGAUGGUCACGCUUUGCGGGAUUGAGAGCCCUGGAUUAACAUCCAGCUUGGCCUUGGCAGAAAUCGUUCUUAAGCUCGUGGGUGCAAAGAUGUGGGCCGAGAAAGUAGAUGAUGUCAACCACCCCCCAAGACCAAAAGGAGCAAGAAGCGAAGAGCUAGGUGCUCUAGAGAAUUGGGCAUGAAGACUUCCAAGGCUGAAUGCUGCACAGGCACAGCAAUCACAGCUUCAGAGUCACAUAACAGGUUGGCUUGUAAGCUUUGACAUGGCAUUUUUGGCGUUUUUUUACAAAUUUAACUUUCCAUUUUGAUUCUAAAUCAUCGCGUU